ACAAUCCUCUGGUCCCAUACUUCCGGUUUUUCUAGCUCUGCCGUGGGUGGUGUUUCUAUCAGUCGCGCAGCAAUUUCCAGUGGUCCUUGGAGGAGAGGGUUUUGUCUUUUCGUUGACGUUGUAGCUCUUCACUUUGAAAUCAGUCGAGUUUCGGGAGUCACCGCCACUGUCGUCAACAUGUCGGUCCCAAGCUCACUCAUGAAGCAACCGCCUAUUCAGUCAACGGCUGGGGCCGUCCCGGUUCGCAAUGAGAAAGGUGAGAUUUCGAUGGAAAAAGUGAAGGUAAAACGUUAUGUGUCGGGAAAGAGGCCAGACUAUGCCCCUAUGGAGUCCUCAGAUGAGGAGGAUGAAGAGUUUCAAUUCAUUAAGAAAGCCAAAGAACAAGAAGCAGAGCCGGAGGAACAGGAGGAGGAUUCAUCUAGUGACCCUCGGCUGCGGCGUUUGCAGAACCGUAUUAGUGAAGACGUGGAGGAGAGGUUGGCUCGACACCGGAAAAUAGUGGAACCUGAAGUGGUUGGAGAAAGUGACUCCGAAGUAGAAGGAGAUCCUUGGCGCAUGGAACGAGAAGAUAGCAGUGAAGAAGAGGAAGAAGAGAUUGAUGAAGAGGAGAUAGAGCGGCGCCGUGGCAUGAUGCGCCAAAGAGCACAGGAGAGAAAAAAUGAAGAGCUGGAAGUCAUGGAGGUGGAAGACGAGGGACGUUCUGGGGAGGAGUCCGAAUCAGAGUCUGAGUAUGAGGAGUACACAGACAGUGAGGAUGAGAUGGAGCCUCGCCUUAAGCCAGUCUUCAUUCGGAAGAAGGACCGGGUGACGGUUCAAGAACGUGAGGCUGAAGCAUUGAAACAGAAGGAGCUGGAACAGGAGGCCAAACACAUGGCUGAGGAGAGACGCAAGUACACACUCAAGAUUGUAGAGGAGGAAACCAAGAAAGAGCUGGAGGAGAACAAGCGGUCUCUGGCUGCCCUGGAUGCACUCAAUACUGAUGAUGAAAAUGAUGAGGAGGAAUAUGAGGCCUGGAAAGUUCGGGAGUUAAAGAGAAUCAAGAGGGACAGAGAAGACAGAGAAGCACUUGAGAAGGAGAAAGCAGAAAUUGAACGAAUGAGAAACCUAACUGAGGAAGAGAGGCGAGCUGAGCUUCGGGCAAAUGGCAAAGUCAUCACCAACAAAGCCGUUAAGGGCAAAUACAAGUUCCUACAGAAGUAUUAUCACCGGGGUGCCUUCUUCAUGGAUGAGGAUGAAGAAGUAUACAAGAGAGAUUUCAGCGCACCUACCCUGGAGGAUCAUUUCAACAAAACCAUUCUUCCCAAAGUCAUGCAGGUCAAGAACUUUGGACGCUCUGGUCGUACCAAAUACACCCACCUCGUGGAUCAAGACACCACCUCCUUUGACUCAGCAUGGGGCCAAGAGAGUGCCCAAAAUACAAAGUUCUUUAAACAAAAGGCAGCCGGGGUACGAGAUGUAUUUGAACGACCAUCUGCCAAGAAGCGGAAAACUACUUAGAGUUCAACUACUUGUUCUUCCAGCUGUGGGACACAAGGGGAAAUCUCAGCAUCUGGUCCUUGAUUUGUUUUUACUAUUAUUCACAUGGCCCCUGUAUCCAGCCUGCUGAACCUAUUGCCAUACUUGUGGCACUGGGCAAACCCAGUCUUUGAAAGUGCUUUGUGAGGUUUGGACUCAUGCUGAGAAGCCCGGAAAAAAAGCACUGUCCAGGUAGGAUUAGAGGCUCCCACUUAGGACUAUUUCUGAGAAAUCUUGAAUGUCAUUACUGCUCUGGCUUCCCAUAUUCACUUGGGACUGUUCCAAGUUUCUUUUUCCAGCUGAGCUUGGGUUAGAAACAUGGAUGGGCAUGUAAGUGGACAAUGUAUUAUUUCUACCCUACAGGAAGUCUAAAGUCAUUGAAAACCUGUUUUGCAUUUUUGGGUAAAUUUUUCUAGGCAAACAUACUUUUUGAUCCAUUUAUGUGCAAGUGUCAAGAAAUAAAAAAAUCAUACACCAAGAGGUUUUUUAGCAUAUCAGAAAUAAAAUGUGUAAGCUGACAAAUAGCUACCUAUUAACUAACAACUAUAUCCCUGUGCAGUUCCGGGUGCUUUUUGCAAACUUGGUGGCCCUGUUCUGGUACGCCUACCUGGCCUCUCUGGGGAAGUGAAGAUGACCCGGAGAGGGUGUCAGACACACUGAUGGCUGGGGUGGGGUGACAGAACAGAAAUAAGCCAGCCUGGCUCUAGAUCAUGAGAUUCAAGAUGACUCAAACAUGACGGAUGGAGGAACAGAAAUCUUCUAAUGUCAGAAUCGUGUUUUAAAAAGGCAAUCGCUGUCCUCAACUGGUGCUGCCCUAGAAACAUAAAUAUAGCAGAGAUGAUUUCACCUGUCACCUUGGAUUGAAUUAGGAUCACAAUAAACUAUAAUGUAGCAUU